CCUGAGCACCGCAGGCCGGUUGGUGGGUGUGGAGGUGUGCGGUGUUGUGGACGAGAUAGAGAUGUGGAAACGCUCUAGGUUGUGGGAGUGGGAAGGUUGCACACAUUCCUGGGACUCGUUCCAAUGCCUGUGUUUGCACAGAGUAACAAAGAAAUGAAAGGGGUCCUCAAAGUUGAUCAGUUGUCGCUUUAUACAACCCCAACUAAAACCUCGCACUUUGAGGAAGCAAAACCAACUCAUCUUGAAGAGAGCAUCUCUGUUUUACGAAAGUCAGCAGAACCGUACAUCACUCAGUAUCAGGGUGUUUACAAGGAUCUUAAGCCUAAAAUAGAAAAAACUGUUCAGCUUGGAAAAGAUGGCUAUAUCUUUCUGAAUAAUCCUCCACCUGGAUUCUACCCACGGACUGGAAUCAUUGCACUUGCUGGAGUGGCAGGUCUUCUGCUUGCUGGAAGGGGUUCCCGUGUAAGGAAAGUGUUUUACUCAUGUGGGUUUGUAACUGCUUGUGCCUCUCUGUAUUAUCCUCAACAAACUGUUGAAAUUGCAAAGGCAACUGGUUCAUCACUUUAUGAAUUGUCCAUGCAAACAUAUUUAACAAUUGAAUCGCUGUGGAAGAAAUUCAGAGAUCAGAAGCCAGAAGCUUCCCCAAUACCAGGGAAUAUUCAGGUUACCGAGGUUCAAAUAUCAGAUGCAAAAAGUUCCUCUUAAAAGUGCAGAUGUUGCCUGACCCACUGAGUUCCUCCAGUAGAUUGUUUAUGGCUCCAAAUCCCUUUGUGCUAAGACAGCCCCAGAGCUUCAGGCAAUGCCAGCCAGAGGAGACAGACACCUCCGCCACAGGUGGUUGACAGUAACCCAGCUCUCGCCUCUCCUGCCUUGUGAACAGAGUUCUUCAACCUAAUUUCUCCCUAAUACUGAUGGUCGUAGGACCUACAGCAAGCGCUCUGUGGCAGACAAGUGUCAAGUGAAACUGGGCUUUCCAGUGUCACCUGAAUCCUCCUCACCCUGCCACUGGCAUUGGCACCUAACCUGCAAAGAACUGUCUGAUACUUUCAGAAAGAUACUGACCCCAAAUUAUUUCCUGAUGGGUGGACUAAUUUAAGUAGUUUAUUUCAAGGAACAGAGCUAUGAGUGAAGCAGUAUUUCUUGUGAAGCAAAAUAAGCCUGAAUGAUUGUCGGUUAAUUAAUCAUACCUUAUUGAUGAGUUAAAGAAUCAGAGAUUUAUUUUUGCUUGGAAAUGUGUAUAUUCAAUAUAAUCUAAUAAAACACAAUUUAAGAGUGA